UUGCUAGUUAAGGUGGACUUCACAGACAGCUUUAGAAAGGGAGAGAACCAGAAACGUACAGGACAUAGGCCGCUAAUAUUAUUUUUAAAAGAUUGCGAUUUCAACAUAAACUUGUUCAGUAUUUAAGUAUUAUCCGAGACUGCUGUCGUUAAUCAGUAAUAGGCGUAUUUGCCUUAAAACGAAGCUGUUUGACCUCCGAGAAAUAUGCCUUCAGAAAAGACGUUUAAACAAAGGAGGACAUUUGAACAGCGAGUGGACGAUGUCAGACUCAUCCGAGAACAGCACCCCAACAAGAUCCCUGUGAUCAUCGAGAGGUACAAGGGUGAGAAGCAGCUGCCCAUCCUGGACAAGACAAAGUUCCUGGUUCCCGACCACGUCAACAUGAGCGAGCUGAUCAAAAUCAUCAGGAGGCGCCUGCAGCUGAACUCAAACCAGGCCUUCUUCCUGCUGGUGAACGGGCACAGCAUGGUGUCCGUGUCCACGGCCAUCUCCGAGGUGUACGAGAGGGAGAAGGAUGGGGACGGCUUCCUCUACAUGGUCUACGCUUCGCAGGAGACGUUUGGGGCAGAGAUCGACCUGUAACACCCCUCCACCCCCCACUCCCACCCCCAUAACGCCCCGUAUCGGUCAUCGCCAGAACUCCCAUCCCCGUUUCUAACGACAGACCUGUUCCCAUUCCCAAAUCUCACCCACACCCCAUCCCCCAUCCCAAAAUAAGACAACAAUAGGAGCCAAUCAGAUGACACCCCCCCCCCCCCUUCGGAUAAUGGUCCUUCAUGGCCCCUCCCACCCAGUCCCGCUGCUCAGCUUACAUCUCUGAGAAGGGAUGAGGGUUUGAUUAUGUUUGUCUUUUUUUUUUUUGUUUGUGGAUAAGUUGGAUUGGGGCCCCAAGCAUGCCCAAGUGAGGCUUUAGCGAUGUUUGUUUUAUCCAGAGUCCAGCUGGAACUAAACAAUAUCAUCAGACUUCCUGUCUUCUUCUUUCUGUCUCUCUCUCCUCUCUCUCUCUGGCUGAGUUGCUAAACUGAUUACACUGCAUUUUAGGAUGAUGGGGGGAAAUGACAUCACUGCUGACACAUUCAAGAGUAAGGGGUUUGGUUAAAAUUAAACUAAAACCCACAUUGAGUGCCUGUUCUGGCACAGACGACGCUGCUAGUGCCGCCUUUGUACCACGCCAGUGGAGGGGGCUCUAUGGUGCUCCAGCAGCCGAGACGCACCAACGAGCUCAUUGGCCGCUUCGUGGAGGGAAUCUGAUUGGCUGCUGGCACCGUUUAUCCACAGCAUGAUUUGCACUGCCCGAUUUGACUAUCAGUAAAUAGCUUGGCAACUCUCAGCCUCUUUCCUUUCCCCCUCUGUCGGUCCCUUCUCUUUCUUUUAACGGGUUUGUGUUGUCGGUCGCUUUUUAGCUCAUUGAAAGAAACUAAUUUUAAAGAUAGGUUUUUAUCUGCCUCGGUCACCUCCCGAUUUCCUCCACACCACACGCUAGGAAUGUGGAACUCUGGACACGGUGUGGAAUUAUGGGUGAAAUUAGUGCUACUGACCAUCUGCUAGACUGUAGAGUUAGAGAAGCAAGAAAAUGUAUAUAAUAUACAAAUCGGACAAGUACAGUACAUUGAGAAUGCGAGUGGAACUGCUUGUUAAAAAAAAAAAAAAAAGUUUAAAAAAAAUUAAAAAGGCAACUUCUAGGAGUGUGGGGGGCAGUGAAGGGCUGUUGUCGGGUUCUAACCAGGCCGGAUCCCGGUGAACACGGCCCACCAUUUUGUCCGCUCUCUUCCCAGCAAGGAGUCUCUGGGCUGGUUAGAGGAACUGGACCACAGCCGAUCAGAACCCUCCUUGCUCCUGGCUCUUGUGCGCUUCUAGAAUAUUCUAAUUGUUUAUUCGGGUUAUUUUUUACACCUCUUCUGUGUUCUGCUCUGUCCCCCCCCUGUCUCCCCCCUUCUUCUGUCGGUAUUCAGAAGAACCUCACCUCUUUCCAUGCCUUCCACCCUUUGGCUUUGCUAAAAGCUUUGUCUUUGUUGUUUCCGUUCGUAUUACUGUUUCCCCCCUCCCCUCCCCGAUAAUAAGACAACUGUAUGCUACGACUGUGGUGUGAAACGCGUAUCUAAAAGGACAGAUGUGAACGAGUGAGUGUGAAAGCGGAGGGAGAGAGCUCUCCUCUCCGCUCCCGUCGCGCCACCGUGCACAGAGCUCGCCUCUCCCACCUUCACAUCCACAGCAAUAUUACACAAGCCUUUCUCUCUCUCUUGUAUUUAUGCCGGUAUUUUAAGGAAUAAACAGAAGCUCAUAUACAUAUUAAA